GACACUGGGUCCCCCGAGCCUCGUGGGCCCGCGGGGCGGCGGGAACUGGCCUCCCCCGCGAGGAUAAUGCGCUGUGCCGGAGAUGAUGCCUCGGGCCGCACACAGCAAGAGGACCUCGCAGACUCGUGACGUCAGCAGGAGGAGGAGCUUGCAGGCUCGUGACGUCACCAAAAGGAGCAGCUCGCAUUGUUGUGACGUCGGCGAGAGGAGCACUUGGCGUGCUCGUGACGUCAGCAGGAGGAGCUCGCUGAAUCGUGACGUCGACGGGAGCUCGCCGACUCGUGACGUCGACGGGAGGAAUUCGAAAGCCCGUGACGUCGGCGAGAGCAGCUCGCGGGCCCGCGACGUCGUCGUCGUCGUCGGCGGGAGAAGUUUGCGGGACCGUGACGUCAGUGGGAGGAGUUUGCGGGCCCAUGACGUCGGCGGGAGGAGGAGCUUGUGGGCCAGUGACGUCGGCGCGUGGUCGCGGCCAACCCCCGCCAAUCCCCGUCGACGCCUCUGCCCGACGGGGGCGCCGCUCGCGCUGCCUUGGUCGCACCUGUGGUGGCGGCGGCGGCCGUGGCCACUGCAGCAGCUGAGACGGUUAAAGGCCCGGGACUGGACCCGUCACUUGCGGCAGCGCUACCGGCCUCGGCUGCUGAGUCAACGGUGUCGGGUGCAGCAGGCUGACCAACCACUGGAGCAGCAGCAGCAUCUGCACCGACAUCAGCGGCGACUGCGACGAUUGAAACAACGCUGCCAUCAGGGGCAGCGGUUGAAAGCUUCGCGGCGGUCCAGGAGGCCACGUGGGCGCGUAGACGGCCGUCGGGUGUCAAGCCAAUGGGCGACUCCGUUUGAAGGACAACGCCGUUGGCAGCCUCGGCAAGAGCAGCCCGCACGCGCGCGUCAUCAUCUUGAGCAGGAGGAGCAAAUUCAGCUUUGUCAUCAUCGGCAUCAUCAUCAGCAGCAGCCGGAAAGGCAGCAAAAGCUGAAGCAUCAUCAUCAUCAUCAGCAGGGGGAUCGUGACAGCUGCCGAGGCCUGUCGGGCCCGUGGGCCAUCAGGGCUGAACCCGGAGCCACGGGCCCCACUGCCCAGAGGGCCCUCCCGCCUCUCCUCACACACGGGGCCUCUGCCCCUGGAGACAGGAGGGCAGCUCGCCCUCGACGAUCAUCAUCACCACAACCGUCAUUAUCAUCAUCAUCAUCCACACGUUCAAGGUGGGGGGUCAUCAUCACCCUCAUUGCCUGCGUCGCGAUGCUGCCGGCAAUGUCAGCGGCUCAGCAAGAAGGCUUCGGGGUGCCUGGGGGACCCGGGGUGGGGGGCGCGACGGGAGUGGGCUCCGGCCAGCCGAUGUGCCCGGCCAUGUGCUCGUGCAGCCAGCAGUUCAGCAAGGUCCAGUGCACGCGGAGGUCACUGCGGGAGGUCCCGGAGGGGGUGUCCAGCAACACACGCUACCUGAACCUGCAGGAGAACGCGAUACAGGUGAUUCGAGUGGACAGCUUCAAACACCUGAGACACCUGGAGAUCCUGCAACUCAACAAGAACCAGGUUCGACACAUAGAGGUGGGCGCGUUCAACGGGCUGGCCAACCUCAACACGCUGGAGCUGUUCGACAACCGCCUCACCACCAUCCCGAUCGGCGCCUUCGAGUACCUGUCCAAGCUGCGCGAGCUCUGGCUGCGCAACAACCCGAUCACCAGCGUGCCCUCCCUGGCCUUCAACCGCGUGCCCUCGCUCCGUCGCCUGGACCUCAGCGAGCUGCGCAAGCUCGAUUUCAUCUCCGAGGGCGCCUUUGAGGGUCUGAGCAACCUACGGCACCUGAACCUGGGCAUGUGCAUGUUGCGCGAGGUGCCCAACCUCUCAUCGCUGGGGCGGCUCGAGGAGCUGGAACUGUCCGGCAACCGCCUUGAGCAGGUCAAGUCGGGCUCCUUCCUGGGACUCUCCAACCUCAAGAAGCUGUGGCUCAUGCAUUCGCAGGUGCGCCUGAUCGAGCGCAACGCCUUCGACGACCUGCGCUCGCUGCAGGAGCUCAACCUGGCGCACAACAGCCUCACGUCGCUGCCGCACGACCUCUUCACGCCGCUGCCGUCGCUGCAGCGCGUCCACCUGCACCACAACCCGUGGAACUGCGACUGCGACGUCCUCUGGCUCAGCUGGUGGCUCAAGGAGAACGUGCCCACCAACACGACGUGCUGCGCCCGCUGCCACUCGCCGCCGCGCCUGCGCACGCGCUACAUCGGCGAGCUCGACCAGAGCCACUUCGUGUGCUACGCGCCGGUCAUCGUCGAGGCGCCCCUCGACCAGAACGUGACCGAGGGCAGCGCCGCCGAGCUCAAGUGCCGCGCCUCCUCCACGACGUCGGUGAGCUGGAUCACGCCCAACGGCACCAUGAUGACGCACGGCUCGUACCGCGUGCGCAUCCUGGUGCUCAACGACGGCACGCUCAACUUCACCAACGUCACCGUGCAGGACACGGGCCUCUACACGUGCCUCGUGAGCAACUCGGCGGGAAACACGACGGCGUCGGCCACGCUCAACGUCAGCUCGUCGUCGGCGCAGCAGGCGGCCGGCGGGCCCGGCGGCGAGGGCUCGAGCACGUCGUACUUCACCACGGUCACCGUGGAGACGAGCGAAACGAGCAACAGGAGGGAGGAGGAGGAGGAGGCGGCGGUGGCGGCGGCGGAGGAGGAGGUGGUGGAGGUGCCGCUGGGCCCCACCCCGUCGAGCCACUGGAACAACAGCCUGGUGGUGGUCACCUCUUCCACGCCGGCGUCGGCCAGGAGUCGCCCCGUGGGCGUCGAAUUUGCCGGCACGCGGGCGCCCGACCGGGGCUACACGGUGCCCAUCUCCGACGGCGGCGGCGGCGGCGGAGGCGGCGGCGGCGGAGACCCCUCGUCGACCAUGGCCGGGCUCGACGAGGUGAUGAAGACGACCAAAAUCAUCAUCGGCUGCUUCGUGGCCAUCACGCUCAUGGCGGCGGUGAUGCUCAUCGUGUUCUACAAGAUGCGCAAGCAGCACCAUCACCACCACCACCAGCAGCAGCAGCACCAUCACCACCACCAGCACAGCCAGCAGCAGCACCACUCGCUCCAGCAGCAGCAGCAACACCACCACCACCACCACGGCCUUGCCGCGCACCUCCACCACCACGGCGGCGGCGUCUCGGGCGGAGGCGGCGGCUCCGGUGGGCCCCUGCACCUGGGCGGAGGAGGCGGCGGCGGAGGCGGCGGCGGCGGCGGCCUCCACCUGCACCACCACCUGCACCACGGCGGGCGGCACGCGCCGUCGCGCGCCAUCGAGGUGAUCAGCGUGGACGACGAGCUGGUGACGGGCGCCACCCUGGGCGAGGGCCUCAUGAUCCCCCCUCCUCCUCCCGCGCCUCCCCCGCCCCCACCGCCCCCUCCUCCUCCUCCUCAGCCGCCGGCGCCUCCUGCCGCCCCGUCGGUUCCCGGAGCGCCGGUGCCCGCCCCGUCAUUACCGCCGAUCCUUCCCACUCUUCAGCAGCAGCAGCAGAUGCAGCAGCAGCAGCAGCAGCAGAUGCAGCAGCAGCAGCAGAUGCAACAGCAGCAGCAGAUGCAGCAGCAGAUGCAGCAGCAGCAGCAGCAGAUGCAGCAGCAGCAGCAGAUGCAGCAGCAGCAUCAUCAGCAGCAUCAGCAGCAUCAGCAGCAGAGUCCUCCUCCGCAGCACAUGCAGCAGGCCGAUGGUGACGCCGAGCGCCAGCUCAUGUUGCUCAAGAGCAACCACCACCAGCAGCAGCAGCAGCAGCAGCUGCACCACCAGCAGAGUCUGCUCGACUGUGAGAACCACAACGACGGGGGCACCGCUGGGCUCGGAGGAAUCGUCGGCGGACUCGGGGGGGAUGGCGGAGGCAUCAUCCUGGACGAUCCCUUCUCCAAGAUGACACAGAGCCUCGGCAUGGCGCUGCAGGCCAUAGGCGGCGAGCACGAGGGCCACCUCCUGGCGGGGUUGAACAACAACACCAUGGUCGGGGUCAUGACCCCACCGCAGGGGCCCCUGGGCGCGCUGCACUGCUCGCUGCACGAGCCGCUGCUCAUCCGCACCAACUCCAAGGACAACAUUCAGGAGACGCAGAUAUAGGUGGAUUCGUUCGGUGUGUACGACUGGUGCGGGGGGGGGGGUGCGGAAGGAGGGGGGGUGGCAGGGGGGGUGGGUCAGCCGUGGGCUGCCGAGUCUCUGUGACGUUGGAGCACGUCCCCGCGGAUUGGUUGGAGCGAGACUCCGCAGGAUUGGUUGGAGCGAGACUCCGCGGAUUGGUUGGAGCGAGACUCCGCGGAUUGGUUGGAGCGAGACUCCGCGGAUUGGUUGGAGCGAGACUCCGCAGGAUUGGUUGGAGCGAGACUCCGCAGGAUUGGUUGGAGCGAGACUCCGCGGAAUGGUUGGAGCGAGACUCCGCGUGGGGCGCGCGUGGCUCCAGGGGAGUCGGCGCUUGUCUUUCUCGGCUCGCAUCUCUGCGCAGAUGAGGAACUCUCCAAAGCCACCCACCACACCCACCCCACCCACCCCACCCAUCCCACCCACCCCACCCAUCCCAACCAUUCCACCCCACCCACCCACCCCACCCACCCACCCCGCUACCCCCAAGAAGUUCGUCUCAACCUCUGUUCGACUUUCACAGUGGCUUCAACAACGGAGAGCCCCCUUUGUCGAGCCCCCCCCCCCCACUCCACUGGGGGGGUGGGGGGGGGCUGUGAGUGAACGCGGUCAUCACCGUAGACUUCCGUAAAAGUUCGCUCCUUCAAAGCGACGAGCUACUAACCCCUCCUGCACCCCCUCCCCCAACAUCCCCCCGUCCCAUCCACGCGCGCUCCCUCCCUCGUGUACUCCCCCCCCAUCCCCCCCCCCUCCCCUCGACGGGGGAUGGCGUACGCGCAUCUCCGUUAAGCGAGAGCAGCUCGCGAUUUGUACACCCACGACGUUCACUUGGGCUGGGAGAGGGGGGGGGUUGUGGAGCUCGGUACGAGCCGUUUAUCGCAUCUCCUUCUGAGCAGUUAGCGACGGGGCCGUACAUUCGGUGGGUGGGGAUAACUUCCCCCUGAGGUCUGGGGUCGGUAGUAGUAUUAUUAUUAUGAUAAUGACAACAAGUGAAAUAUCAUAGAAUGUUUUACCGGGGGGGGGGGGGGGCGGGCGGGUUGGGGGGUGGGGCCACGAUUAUUUUGUCUUUGCUUACUUUGUAGAACCAUCUUAAAGGGAAUGACGGUCACUCUAACGGGGCUCUUGCGUUUGAGAGAAACGGUAGAGAGUGGGGGUGGGGGGGUGGGGCAGUGUGUUUGUUUGGGGGUACAGCGAGAGGUGAUGAUGCCUGCGGUCCUUGCGCGCGUGGCAGUGGCACUCGUUGUGAUUUCCGACCGGAUAUUUCAAUCUUCACGGCCUAGCCGGUGAGAUCCGUCGUAUUUGCCUCGCCCUCCGGUAACACCAGAUUUUUCUUUUAAAAUAUCUCCCCACAAGCGACGUUUUGAAACAAGCAAACAAACAAAACCACGAGCGAAUUUUGGCCGAGCAUUGCCUCCCCCCCCCCCCCCCAAAAGCAGGGACUUCUCUGAGACGGAACCCUUUUGUCUUGAAGUGAAGAGGCCUUUUUCUGGACUUAAAGAGUGGCAAAACGGGGGCCAUCCCUUAAGAGGGGGAGGAGGGGGUGAGGGGCCCGGGGCAAAUCCUUCAAACUAAACAGGCAUGUCCACGUACACGUGCACCCCGUGCUCUCUUUUAGCCCCGCCCCCCCCCCUCCAAUACGUCAUCAUGUGCACCAACAGGGACUUGCGCACAAACACGUCCACGUCGACGCCUACGAGCACCUCGUGCCGUCUUUUAGCCCCCAAACCCUCCCGAUACGUUCCAUUCAUUGGCUACCACAUUCUCAUAAGCCCCCCCCCCCCUCUCCUCCCCCUUAACUUGUAUUUAAGAGCUUGCAUCUUGGAAUCCCUGCCUCACUUGAUACAGCUGUCGUGGCUGUGACGGUCCCACCUGAUGACGGAGACUUGUGUUGCCUCCGAAACGUCGUGAUUUUUAUCAUUUUAUUUUUUAUUAAUUUUAAUUUCAUUUUUUACCUACGUGACUUUACCGAAAGAACUAAGAGUAUAAACCGGAAGGGUUCCAUCUGAAACUGUGACGUUAAUGCGCCCCCCCAACCUCCCACCCCCCAAAGCGCGGGGCCCAGGGCAGUCGCCCCGAUCCGCCGUACACCCUAGGAGACGGCUGUGGUGGCAAAGUGCGGAUGGGUGCCGAGUUGGGGGUGGGUGUUGCAUCGUACUCGUCCGUCAUUGAAACAGCGUCGUCUUUUGAUUCACAAUGGGGUUUCUUGUAGGCUGGAUCAUCUUGUAGAGUGGAUCGUCUUGUAGAGAUGUAAUGUCGAAUGAAAAUAAAAAAAACCUCCACCAUCCGACAGAGCCAAAUUGAAUCGAGUUGUCACGUGAGUGAAUGUGCCGACUCGUUUUGGUUUUUUCACCGACACGUGGAAAGGCAAGCGGCAUUUUGACAAAUUGGGUUUUUUUCACGGAGGUUUAGCUCGAGAUUUCGUGAAACAAAAUCAGGCUUUUUCUACAGGCAAAUUGAUUUGACGACCAAAAUCGAGGUUGUCACGCGCGUUUAGCCCAUCACGUGUCAACUUGACCGGCUCCGUUUCGGUACAAAAUGUAUCAAUAUAAUAAAUAUACCCUUCCACUUACGCGACGAUCGAGCACACAAUGUGUCCAAUUAUGAAUCAAAGCGCAUCGGUCGUGAAAAAACAAAAGCCCACUCGUGAAAGGAGCGUUAUUAUCUGUUUGUCGUUGUUGUCUUUGUUUGUUGUUGUUGUUGACGUCCCAGAGUGCCGCGUGCUUUCUGAGCCAGAGGUUCGUGAAUUUUUAAACAACCGCAUGGCAGUGGGUACAAAACCCUCACCACCUCCCUGGCAAUCUCCCACCCCGAGAGCGAAUCUUCACCAAGCUGCUGCCAGAGGUUGCAACCGGGUACCCGAUACCCGUACCGUACCCGAUACCCGGCUACCCGUACCCGGCCGGGUACGGGUACCCGUUUGCGACCCUGGUGCGGCCGGGUACGGGUAGGCCGUGAGUCACUGGUGAGUAACCGUUUGUCACUCAUUUUCCAACGUCUUGUCUCUUCUCACAAUUCAAGUUCCUAGAAUCAACCCACCCGCGCCUGCAACAUGGCUUCAUCCUAGAGGUCGCAAUCGGGUACCCGUCCCCGUACCCUACCCGAUACCCGGCCGGGUACGGGUAGCCGGGUAUCGGAUAGGGUACGAGUACGGGUACUCGUUUUCGACCCUGGUGCGUCCGGGUACGGGUAAGGAAUCAAAACCCGUUUGCGACCUCUGGCUGCUGCUACUGCUUUGCCCACCACCGUGGGAAGGGUGGCAAGGGAGAGUUGAGAAUUAUGCCUGUGGCCCUGGCCUCGUCCGCUAUAGACAUUUGUUUCUUUACUCCCAAGUGCUCUAGCAAACACGCUCGCUCAUUAUACACGCACACCACGCAGAUACAAUAUCUACCCCGUGUAGCCUUGACAGACUGUUGGGGCAAGUGCUGUUAGCGAGCAGCAGCGCCGAUGAAGACCAACAUGGUAUACGGGGUGGUGGGUGGCCACCACCACGCCCGGCCGCCUUUGUUACCCUGGUGGCGAUGUCUACACACCGCAGGAAAUAUUAAUUUGUGGCUGAGUCGACCUAGGGGACGCCCAGGACAAAGGCACACGUGGCUUGGGCACAGCUACCAGAGUCGACCUAUGGAAGGAGGCCCAGGACUGGUUCAGAUAAUCGUCACCGGUGGUGGCCAUGAGCGGAGUCGAACUCAGGUCGCCGGGUUCAUAGCGCAGUGUGCUAACCGCUACACUACCACUCCCCGUAACAUAUAUAUACACACACACAUACACACGCGUGUGUGUGUGUAUGUGUGUGUUUGAAGUUAUCUCGGUCAUCUCGGUCAGUCGACCCGUGGCAACUGGGUCUGCCCCGUGACCUCCUGCCAGCGGGCGUUCGACACUUCACGUGGCCUCAAGGUGCACUUGGCCUAGCACAAGUGUCGUGGUGACGUCACCACCACUUAGUGGCGAAUGGCGGUUGUUGUUGUUGAAGUUCAUCUUACAAAGUGAGCCAACUCGGGGGAGCUGCCAAAUUAAGUGAAUCGCUUUCUUUUUAAACAGCACCGUCUCAUCCAGCACAGAAUCCUCAUCUCAUCGAGUACAGAAGUACAGAUCUCUGGUGUGAACCGUCGUGUCAUCCGGUAGGGAGCCUUUGUCUUGUUCGAGUUCCUCAACGCAUAACUUCGACGACUAUCACGUGGCCUUAAUGACAGCAGCGUGGUGACUCGU